UAUAGUUGGGUCGACGUGCACUCGUGAAAUUUGCAAAUUCAAAGGUUCUCCGGUUCUCUCUCUCUCCCUCACACUCCCACAUUCCAUCAUUCUUCUCUCUCCAAUUUUUAGGGUUUUUUCUUCAUCAAUCUUCUCAUUCUUUUUCACAUUUUCUCUUGUUCUUUAUCUCUGAUAAUUGAAGAUGGCAGAUGGUGAGGAUAUUCAGCCCCUUGUUUGUGACAAUGGAACUGGAAUGGUUAAGGCUGGAUUUGCUGGGGAUGAUGCUCCAAGAGCUGUGUUCCCUAGCAUUGUUGGCCGCCCCCGUCACACUGGUGUGAUGGUUGGCAUGGGCCAAAAAGAUGCAUAUGUGGGGGAUGAAGCUCAAUCAAAGCGUGGAAUUUUGACCCUGAAAUAUCCAAUUGAGCAUGGUAUAGUCAGCAACUGGGAUGACAUGGAAAAGAUAUGGCAUCAUACCUUCUAUAACGAGCUCCGUGUUGCUCCAGAAGAGCACCCUGUUCUCCUCACUGAAGCCCCUCUCAAUCCUAAGGCUAAUCGUGAAAAGAUGACUCAAAUCAUGUUCGAGACUUUCAAUGCUCCUGCUAUGUAUGUUGCAAUUCAGGCUGUUCUUUCACUGUAUGCUAGUGGUCGUACAACUGGUAUUGUGCUGGAUUCUGGAGAUGGUGUCAGCCACACAGUGCCCAUCUAUGAAGGGUAUGCUCUCCCGCAUGCCAUUCUUCGUCUUGACCUUGCUGGCCGAGAUCUGACAGACUACAUGAUGAAGAUUCUGACUGAACGUGGUUACUCUUUCACCACCUCAGCUGAGCGAGAAAUUGUGAGGGACAUGAAAGAAAAGCUUGCUUAUAUUGCCCUUGACUAUGAGCAGGAGAUGGAGACUGCAAAAACUAGCUCUGCUGUUGAGAAGAGUUAUGAGCUUCCUGAUGGGCAGGUGAUUACUAUUGGUGGUGAGAGAUUCAGAUGUCCUGAGGUCCUUUUCCAACCAUCUUUCAUUGGAAUGGAAGCAGCUGGUAUCCAUGAAACCACCUAUAAUUCGAUCAUGAAAUGUGAUGUGGAUAUCAGGAAAGACUUGUAUGGAAACAUUGUACUCAGUGGUGGUACCACCAUGUUCCCUGGUAUUGCCGAUAGAAUGAGCAAGGAAAUCACUGCACUAGCUCCAAGCAGCAUGAAAAUCAAGGUUGUGGCACCACCUGAGAGAAAAUACAGUGUUUGGAUCGGUGGGUCUAUCUUGGCAUCUCUGAGCACCUUCCAGCAGAUGUGGAUUGCAAAGGCCGAGUAUGAUGAAUCUGGUCCAUCAAUCGUGCAUAGGAAGUGCUUCUAACUUCACCGUCAAAGAUAAAGGUUGAAGUGAGAAACCAUUGCCGUUUGUUUGGAAGAGGGGGUGUGCCUUGCACCUGAUUUUGAUUGGCGAGCCAAAUUAGUUUGAUUAUUUAGUUGUUAUUCUAUUGUUUAGUUAUCUUUUGGGACAAGUAUCUUGAACGUGCAAGAAAAGUAAUUUAUAUAAAUUCAUUUUCUAAA